AUGAGCUUUGGAUUCUUGUUUUUGGUUAUUGUGAUGAGUUGGAUAUAUUUCAUCACAAAGAAAAGAAAACUUAUGAAAAAAAGGGAGAAAUUCUUUGAGCAGAAUGGAGGAAUACUAAUGACACAACAACUUUCUCUAAAUGGAGGAACUAUGGAGUCAUCCAAAUUAUUUUCUGCUCAAGAACUAAAAGCUGCAACAAACAAUUACCGUGAAGAUUGUAUUCUAGGUAAAGGUGGUUAUGGUACAGUAUACAAGGGUCUUUUAAAGGACGGUCGUGAAGUUGCGAUCAAGAAAUCAAAAGUGGCUGAUCAAACUCAAGUUGAGCAAUUCAUUAAUGAAGUUGUUAUUUUGACACAAAUCAAUCAUCGUAAUGUGGUGAAACUCCUAGGAUGUUGUCUUGAGACUGAGGUUCCUUUGCUCGUAUAUGAAGUCAUCUCCAAUGGCACUCUCUUUGAACAUAUACAUAGAUAUAAAGGUAUGACAUCUUGGCUUACUUGGGCAAAUUGCAUAAGGCUUGCAGCGGAGGCUGCUGAUGCACUGAUGUAUUUACAUUCAGCUGCUUCAAUACCAAUAAUUCAUAGAGAUGUUAAAUCGACCAACAUAUUAUUGGAUGAUAAUUAUACAACAAAAAUAUCUGAUUUCGGUGCUUCAAGGUUGGUUCCGAUGGAUCAAACUCAGGUGACAACAUUAGUUCAAGGAACACUGGGAUAUUUGGAUCCACAGUAUUUCCAUACAAGUCAAUUGACGGAGAAAAGUGAUGUUUACAGCUUUGGAGUUGUUCUUGUGGAGCUCUUAACAAAAGAAAAACCACUCUGCUCUGAAAGGAAAAUGGAAGAGAGAAAUUUGGCAACAUACUUUAUCGUGUCAAUGAAGGAAGAUCGGUUGAUGGAAAUCCUUGAUCCUCAAUUGGUGAGGGAAGCUAGCGAAGAGCAACUAGUUACAAUGGCUAAGCUAGUCAAAAAAUGCCUUAAUAUCAAAGGUGAAGAUAGGCCUAGCAUGAAGGAAGUGGCUCUUGAAUUAGAGGGGUUAAAGAAGCAAAACAAGCAUCCUUGGGCCGAGCAGAAGUAUGAAGAAACAACCGGUUUGAUAGGGCAACAUGAUCUCUACCCGGUGCCGUCAAAUGGUGAUCCAGGUUCUAAGGAACUUUCUAGACAUAAUCCGACGCAAAUGGAUAUAGUCACUGAAAUGAACAACCCUCGUUAA